CCUGGCUGUCAGACAGAGAAAAAAUCGGGGAAAGGAAAGCAUUUUUUGGGGCGCGCUUGUUGUGUUGGAAAAAAUCGCAAAGAAGCCAGUUAAUUGGAAGUAGCGGCGAGUGCUCGACGAAAAGGUAACUCCGGGUAAGCACUAUUCGGAAUGGACUACCGCCAAAUGAAGAACGACGCUUACGGCAUUGGCCAGCGGCGCGGAAUGGGGAGCUCCAGCGUCGGUGGUGGAGGAGGAGGCGGGAUGUAUUCCUCAAACUUCGGCGGUGGCGGUGGCGGCGGCGGUGGUAGUGGCGCCAAUUUCGGCGGAGGCGGCAAUAACAGUGGCGGAGGCUACGGCGGCAAUAACAGUGGCGGAGGCUACGGCGGCAAUCCAGGUGGCGGAGGCUACAGCGGCAACCGGAAUUCCAGUCCAGAUGGUGGCAACUUCAGUCGCGGUGGCGGUGGCGGUGGCUACAACAACAUCAACAGUGGCGGCAACAACAGCUACCAACGUUCCGGAGACGGAGAUCGGACCGGAUUCAAUCCAAGCAACCAGCGUUUCGGCGAUAAUUACCAGGACAACUUCCGUGGCGGACAGUCCUCCAAUUUCGGACAAGCGAACCGGGGCUCAUCCAAUUCGGGCAACGUAGCCCGCUUGCUGGAACUGGAAAACCGCCUGCCCGGUAACUCUGGUAAUUUUAACAUGGACCGCAAUCUGGACAACUAUCGAGGACCCCAGUCGCAGGGAAGCGGCGAUAGAUUUUUCAACGAUGAACCUAGAAAUCAGGGAUCUUUUGGUAACUUCGGUCCCAACGAUGGAGUCCCAUUUGGCGGCAACAGUGGUUCCUCCUUUAGCGGCAACAAUGGCCCCUCUUUUGGUGGAAACAAUGGCGCCACUUUUGGAGGCAAUAAUGGACCUUCCUUUGGAGGAAGCGAUGUCCCUUUUGCUGGAAACACUGGCCCCUCAUUCGGAGGAAACAAUCAACGCAACUUCAACAAUGACAAUUUCUCAAACAGAGGUCCUAACUUUGAUGACCAGCGUUCUGGCUUCAAUGAUUCCUACGGACGCGGUGGAAAUCAGGGCAACUUUAGCCAGAACACUGGAAACUUUGGGGAGAACAAUAGGGAUUCAGGAAACUUCAACAACCGCGGACCGGCUAUCGGAGGAUCCGGAGGCCCAGGCUAUAACCAAAAUUCUGGUGGCAACUUUGGCAACAGCAACUCCGGAGGCGGCUUUAGCAACAACAUUAGUCGCACCUUCCAAGACUCUCGCAACAACUGGAAUAAAUCGCAAACAUCCUCGUUCCAGAACGCUGGCUAUCAAUCCAGCAGUAGGGGUGGUGGUGCCAGCGGAGGAGGAGGAGGCGGCGGCGUCGGAGGUGGAGGUGGUGGCGGCGGAGGAGCAGGAGGAGUUUGUGCCGGUGGCUCUGGAUGGGAAGCUAGUCAGCGCGCCUUUAACUCGAAGCGCAAUCAGCUGCAGAAGAUGAAUCUAAACAAUGGUGGAUCUGUCCGCAAGCCAGGUCCACAGCCUGCCGCCAGGGCGGUCCAGAACUUGCGCAACAAUCCUCAGAAGGCUGCAGCAAUCGUUAAAACCGCGGGCACGCCCAUUGUGGCCAACAACAGGAACAACCAGCCUAACAAGCCCGCCAACCAGCGACCGGGCAAUGCGGCUGGAGUACAAAAGAAACUACCCGUUGCAGCACCAACUCAGUAUAAAGUCAACAACUUAGUUCCCAAGGCGAGUACGGCUGCAGUCGCCAACAAGAAGCCACCGGUGGCUGGACAAGCCGUGAGGAGCGGACCCCAAGCAGCCAGGACGGGACCACAGGGAUUGAGAACUGGACCACAGGGAUUGAAAACUGGACAACAGCUGCAGAAGACGGGACCACUGGCACCUAGGACUGGCCAGCAGGCAGUGAAAGGUGGACCACAAGUAGGCAAGCCAGCAGGAGUGCCUAAUAGGCCACCAAAUGCUCCUGGAUACCCCGUCCAAGUUGGCCAGAAGCGUGUAGCCCCAGCUCCACCGCUGGAAACUGAGGCUGCCUCCAAGUCGGUCAAGAAAUGGCGACGCGUGGCACGCAAGCGCGGAUUCCUAAUUGGCGGAUUCAGGAUUCCCUAUCUCAACGAUCAGCCGAAAAAGCUCCCACAACCCGAGGCGGACUCAUAUGCCUUGACCUUCUUCGAACAAACCUUCAAUUACAGUACAAACCAGGACGCCACCGAGGAGGACUUCCUAGAGGCAGCCGUAGUGCUCAACGAGGAUUCGGAAGACGAAUCGGUUGCCGACGACGCCAAGUCGGCUCGCAAGCUUUCGAAGCGCAACAGGAAGCGCAUAAGGUCCGAAUGGGCCCCGCUGAACGAAUCGAAGAAAUAUAAUGAUUGGGGCAACUGGUGGAAGGACUACAAGAAUGUGGGCGAGGAGAUCGACCAACAGCUGUUGGAGUGCGGGAACCUGAACCUGGAGCAUUGCUUCCUACCCAAUCUGCCCAAGCUCACCACAGAGCAGGUGGUUUACGCCAUCAUAAAAUCGGCACACUUCGGUCUCGAGAAGAAUGCCGAUGUGCCGUACGACACUAUGAAGACCAUCUUUACGUUGAUGAACCGCACCCUUCUGGAUAACCUUACGGAUCUGAACAUGGUGGAGAUCCAGGACAUCAUUCGCGGCAUACCCAACGACCUCUGGGUAUACAAGUUGCGCAGCAUGGUCUUCCUGUGGGCCAAAUACAAGAGCAUUACUAAUUCCAAGUCCACCGCCGAGGACGACGUCAAGGAUCAGCAGGCAAUCGCCCGCGAAUGGAAGAGUCCAUGCUUCCACUGGCUGGCCAAACAGGCUUUCGACGAGCUAGUGGCAAUCAGCGAAACCGAAUGGAAAGACCACCGCACCGUCUUUCCCUCUAUAGAGUAAAUCAAUUUGGAAAUUAGACAUACCCUCCUUCUCAACACCCAAACAUACAUUGGUCCCAACAUUGGACCGAACAGAAAGUAGGUUCUUCUUCAGCAUUAUUUUAUCGAUUGUAUGAUUUUGCAUCUAGUUGUAUUAGAGACCUUUAUUAUUGCACACAUGAAGAACCAUCUCCUGACUUUAAGAAGUGGUCUGUAAUUAAAUCAGAAUGCUUUUACAAAUAAAAAAAAAUUUACCCAGAACGGUGUAUUAUGCGCUCUGGGAAAUUACUAUAAUACUGAUCAGAAACGUUCUUCCUACUAGGAAGGUCGAUUGCAAUUAUGUCUUGUAUCUUCAAAACAUGUAUUUGGGUAAGAUAUAUUAAUUCAAGUUCAUAAAAUUGUAUAUGACGCUAGAAGAAUCCUAUUGAUAAAGAAGUAGAUUGUAAUU